UGCCAACAUUUCACCGGAAGUUAUCAAGUUGGCUGGUCUGAGAAUGGUUUUGUAAAUAUCUUGAAAAGAUAAGUACAUGAGUUUGUUUUUCGAGGGCCUAUUGACAUGUAGGAAUCCAAUAUAUUUUGGAGAGGGAUGAGAAAUAGGAAUGAAUACCUAAUUAUUAAAUAACGUUAAGCUGGUUUGCUGCGUUUUAUCAAAAUCAGGAGCAGACGAUGGAAAACAGAGACCGAGCUCCAUCCAACCGUAGAGAUGGUAAUCGUUCGCAAGAUGAGAUAGUGAGGUUUCCUUGGCGGAAAGACCCAGGCAAUGAAACUGGUGUGGUUGGACCAGAUACACAGAGCAAACCUGGCGAAUAUAUCCUGCAGUGCCUUUUCCUCGAGUUUUGUCGGAUCUGUGAGCGAAAGAUCGAGCAAGUUUUGGCUGAACCAUUGGAAAGACCAUUAACAAAAUCACUACAAAGGGGAGAAGAUGCACAGUUUGAUCAGAUUUUAAAUUCUCUAGGAUGUGCAGCUGAGCACUGCUUGCCCUCCAUUUUGCGUACUUUGUUUGCCUGGCAUGACAGACAGACUCGCUAUGGCUAUGAAGAUAGUCCUUUGCUAGACUCUAGACAACGACAUCGCAGCAAAGGGAGCAAGGAUGUGCUAUGUGAGAGAAGAGAUUUGGCUGUAGAAUUUGUGCACUGCCUGAUUUUGGUAGAAGUUCUGUCCAAGUUGUCCUAUCAUCCUGGCCAUGAUGACCUGGUGCAGCACAUUAUUGAUCAGGCCUUCAGACACUUCAAAUACAGAGAUGGGCUUCAGACCAACCCAAAUGCAGCUAACAUCAAUGUGAUUGCUGAUCUCUAUGCUGAAGUUAUUGGUGUUCUUGCAGCUUCCAGAUUUUCUGCAGUGAGAAAGAAGUUCAUGGGUGAACUGCGAGAACUGAAGCUAAGGGAUCAGACACCAUACACAGCACAGAGCAUCAUCAGUCUUCUCAUGGGGCUCAAGUUCUUCCGGGUGAAGAUGCACCCGAUAGAGGACUUUGAAGCAUGCGUUCACUUCCUUUUGGAAAUGGGCCACUACUUCCUAGAGGUGAAAGAUCGUGAUAUCAAACAUGCGCUGGCUGGGCUGUUUGUUGAGAUCUUGCUGCCUGUUGCUGCUACUGUCAAGAAUGAGGUAAAUAUUCCAGUACUGAAGAAACUGGUGGAUGACCUGUACUCUGUGACAGUGGACAUGACCACAAAGCGAAAGCACACGUUGCAUUUAUUUCCUCUUGUGACAUGCUUGCUGUGCGUAAGUCAGAAACAGUUCUUCCUGAGCAACUGGCCAUACUUCCUGACCAUGUGUCUCUCUCAGCUCAAGAAUAAAGACCCAAAGAUGUCUCGCAUAGCUCUAGAGUCUUUAUACAGAUUGUUAUGGGUGUACAUGGUGCGCAUCAAAUGUGAGAGCAAUACAGCCACACAGAGUCGACUACAAAGCAUUGUUAACAGUCUCUUUCCUAAGGGUUCCAAGAUGGUGACACCUAAAGACACUCCUCUUAAUAUCUUUGUCAAGAUCAUUCAGUUUAUUGCAAAGGAACGACUGGAUUUUGCAGUGCGAGAUAUCAUCUUUGACUUGCUGUGUGUGGGCCGUAGCAACAAACUUUUUCUAACCCCUGAGCGAAUGAGCAUCGGUCUGCGAGCAUUUCUGGUGAUUGCAGACAGCUUAGAGCAGAAAGAUGGUGACCCCCCUAUGCCUCAGUCCAAUGCCGCCCUUCCAUCAGGCAGCACUGUUCGGCAUAAACGUACAUUCUUAAAUAAGAUGCUGUCUGACUCAACAGCCAGAACCAUUGGCCUUGCUCAGUACUACUCACAUAUUCUGAAGACUUUUGACUCCAUAUUGCGAGCUUUGGACUUGCAGGUGGGGCGACCUUUGCUGAUGACCAAAUCAGAAAAUGCAAACAAAGAGCCAGAUGAAAUGAUAACGGGAGAUCGCAAGCCCAAAAUUGACCUUUUCCGCACAUGUAUUGCGGCCAUCCCACGCUUGAAACCUGAUGGAAUGACCAGCCCUGAACUGGUAGAUCUGCUGACUAGACUCACUGUCCAUGUGGAUGAGGAACUGAAAGGGUUGGCUUUUCAGGCCUUGCAAAAUUUAAUGUCAGAAUCUCAGGCUUGGAAGGAGCAUGUAAUUCAUGGGUUUGUCCAGUUCAUCAUGAAAGAUAUAUCUGACAGUAAGACGCACCUUUUGGACAUGACUCUGCGUCUGCUUAUGCAGCUACUGGUCCAGUGGAAGACAAGUAUUGGCACCUUGACUUCUGGUGCUGGGUCUAGUCAUGCUAAGGAAAGUGGCAAGGAACGAGGAGACCACAGCUGUCUGGGUUCAGGACCAGAGUCAGCUGCAAGUGUGGAUGUGCUGCAUGAGGUUGAAGGACUUUGCUUGGUCAUGAUGUGUAGCUGUCGCAUCAUGACACGUAAACUUGCUUUUCAUCUUCUGCGUGAAGUUCGUAACAUCCUCACUGCCUGCAGUGUCAUCCAGGAUUUCUCUUUGUCUUUGCUGGAUGUCAUUGACAAGGCAUGUCCUGUUAUUGUGGAGAAGCUUUUAUCUCAUCUACCUCCACAGGAAAAGGCCAUUGUGCUGACGCAACCAAACAUAGACCUGAUGUGGGUGGCUGAUCGAGCUGUGACAUUGUGGCUACCAGCUGGUGGAGGCAGCCUUCAGGAAGGAAACCAGAUCAACUACAGUUUCCAUCGCGUCGAUAUGUGGAUCCGUUUCAUGGCAGCUGUUGUGUCCAAGGACUUUGCCCAGAUCUCCUGCCAGCGUGCUAUUGCUCAUGCCUGGCCAAUAGUGUACACAAGGCUCAAUGCUCUCUUUCCAUCCAUCGAUCCCAACACCCAGUUGAAUGAGAACAGAGCAUCAUCCAUCCUGCGGUCUGGAAGCAAAAAGGUGACCACAGAAAAAGAUGUCCACAUGCAGCUAUGGCAGAACUACAUAAUCCUGGCUUGUAGCAUUGCUCAGCAGAGUGCAGUCAUUCCUCAGCGCUGCUCUUCACCUGAACUGGGCAGCUUGUCACCAGAGAGUAGUCCUUCAGACAAGACAGAGUCAAGAUCAAGCUGCACAGCGACCAACCUAUUUAGGCUAUUGGUCCCCUUGAUGAAGUGUGAGAACUCUGAUAUGCGUGAUACUGUCGUCAAUGGUUUGGGCUAUUGCAAUCCUGCUGUCUUCAAGGAGCUGGCAGAGGAACUGCUGCCAUUCUUAAAGGAAGCUAUUGACAAGAAGCAGGACAACCUACGAAGACGUCGCAAGCGGGACGUGCUGAGGGUGCAGCUUGCCCAUAUCUUUCAACUGCUUGCAGAAAACAGGGUGUUUGCACAGAGUGAGGCAGGAGCCAUUGACACAGACAGUGGGCAGCUGAGCUCCAUGUUUGUGGACUACAUUGAUGGGGCUCGUCAGUAUCUGGAGGGGGAAAAUGACAGAGAUUUGCCAAUACUUCAGGAAAUACGCCUGCACUUCAGUUGCUUUGUACAGCAUCUAAUUGACAAUACACCUAUGGAGUAUCGCAAGACAUUGCUGUCUCGAGACCUGCGGUACAGCCUGUUCCACUUGUUUGCUAACUGGAGUGGCCACUUUGGAGCAAUAGAUAGGAGAUUUAGUAAAGAUGAAACGUGGAGUGAACAAGAACUGCCUGCAGUGCGAGCAAUGUCAGCUGUACUUUGCUGUGGUCCAGUCUUUGAUGUGAAUGGAUUCAAUGACGAUGGCUACAUUUACCACUGGCUAGAUACACUGUUGAGCUCUAAUGAUGAGAAGAUGAAACCCAAGAUUUAUGAGCUGGCCAAAGAGACGGUGUACUUACUACUAGACUUCAACCCAGAUGCGCAGGGCUUGCUAGACUGGGUGAUAGACCGAUGUUACACUGGGCAAAAGGAGGUGGCUGAUGGAUGCUUCAAAGCUCUGGCUGCAGUCUUCCAAAACAAAGAGUAUCCAUGUGACCAUGUCGCCAUGCUGAACCUUGCGGUGCUCAAUGUGGGAAGUCCACGCAUGUCUAUUCAUGAAACUGCACUCCAGCUCCUCCAUCUUUUGGACGCCCGUUUCCUGCAAGAGGAAGUUGUGUUCACGGCGGCUGCUGAUGAUCUACCUCGUCCACCACAGCUACCACUGAAUGAUGUCCUGUUGGCAGUGUCAUACUAUCAUUCUCAGAUGUGUCUAUCACAGCAGCUGGCUAGGCUUCAUCCUGAUCUGACCAUGCCCAUGUUUUCAGAAAUCACCCAUAGGUUCCAGACAGCCCGCCCUUCUGUUCGUCAGUCCCUUCUGAAGUAUUUGCUGCCUUGGUUACACAAUAUGGAGCUGGUUGAUCCCUCUCUCCCAGCUACCAAUCCGCUGACCAACUUUUUAACCCGACUAUCAGAUAGUCAGCAAGCUGAUCACUUUUUGCCUCCCCUGAAAGGAGAAGGAUGGGGGUCGACCCAGGCUACUGAAAUGGUUCUAAAUAACCUUUUCUACAUCACUGUCAAGUUUGGGGAUGAACACCCUCUGGAGAUUGAGACACUGUGGGCUGCUCUUGUGAUGUGCUGGCCCAGCAACCUCAAAGUCCUUAUACGCUAUCUCCUGGUGAUCAUCAACAUGGCAGCUACAGACCUCUUGCCUUUUGCCAAACGAGUUGUGACUUACCUUGGUCGUGCCAAACCAGAAAAACUGGUAGAUGAAAUUAUGAAUGAACUACAGACUGUUGAAACACUCAAUAUGAACAUUGAGCGUACACAGACACCACCAUUCUAUCGACUGUCACAACUGCGAAAGUCACCAGCAGCUAACAACACGACAGAUGAUGAGAAACUUGUGAACCAUGAACCAGAUGUACAACUCCAAAAAGGUGUGCUGCAUACAAAGAGACACAGUGCUAACGAGGACAUACAGAAUGAAACCAGAACAUCUAGGACAAACUCCACAGGCUCUCUAAAAAGUAUAACCAGUAGCAGCACAGGCUCAACUGCGGAACAGGCAAUGGAUGAUGAAGUUGUUGCUCACACACAAACAAGGUUGGAACGAGGAGAGAGGUCAACAAUUGAAGCGCGAAGAAGUGAGUCACCUGUUCCUCACCCUCUUCCCAUGCCAGCCUAUGGUGGUUACUUUGCUCCCCUUAAUGAAAUGCUGCCUGAAGAUGUACCAGCUAUGCAGGGGUUCCACAGGAGUAACAUUGCUGUAAUGCUACUGUCAGACCUGGUUCUAGAUGGUUUGGAAGUGGACUGGUCCCCACAUCUGCCACUCAUGCUGCACAUUAUCUUUUUGGGUCUGGACCACAGCCGGGGGCUGGUGUAUGAGCACUGUAAGAAACUGCUGCAGAACCUUUUGCUGCUGGCCUCAUCUAAUGAUCACCUGACCUGUGCUCGCUUGUUGCUGGGAUACCGUUCAAAUGCCGCUGACACCCUCAAGGUCAUGUCUGAAGACAGAGAUGCACCUUCUUCACUGGAUAUUCCUUCUGUGGAACCACAAACUCAGUAUAUUACAAAGUCCACAUUUAGCAUUGACAGCAGUGCAACCAUCACAGCUGAAACAUCAAAUGAGCUCUCAGAUGUUGAUAGUUUUGGUUCUGUAGAUGAGAUCAUUAAAGCUAUUCUCAGCUUUAUGGACACAAGAAAAGGAAAACCAUUGUGGAGUUCUGAAGACAUUACACCUAAAGUUCUCACAACACAAAGUUCCACACAUUUACAAAGUUUUCUUAAGUGUGUCGUUCGCUGCUUUAAAGAAUUAUCCCCCAUGGCACUUGUAGAACAGAGGUGGUCGCAGGUGGCACUGCAGCUGGCACUAUCAUGUUCUUCUCGCCAUUAUGCUGGGCGGUCUUUCCAGGUACUUCGAGCACUCCAGAUCCGUCCCACCACCCAGAUGUUGUCAGACAUUUUGUCACGGCUGGUGGAAACAGUAGCUGAACAGGGUGAGGACAUGCAGGGCUAUGUUACAGAGAUCAUGCUGACUCUUGAGGCUUUUGUUGAGAACCUUGACCUGGAAUUACGACCAAUAGACUUUAUGCGAGAACUGUUCAUGUCCACACCCAACCUGGCCAAGGACCAGCUGGAGAACCGGCACAGUGCCAUCAUGGCACCAAAGCAGCCGUAUCCCCACCAUGCACGCAGUACCAGCUACUCUGUGUCUGUCUUUACUCAGCGAGCACACUAUGGGGCUGAGGGGAAGAAACGUCCAGCUGGUCAGAACGUUACAAAAUCUGUUGUAACAUUUAUAGAUGAAGAAAACACUGUUUUUGUGCAAGGUGACAAUCGUAAUCGCAGCAGCACAGAUGUGGAAGGCCAUCGUUCCAACUUGGGUCGCUCACGCAGUGCCCAGUCAUUGAAAAACCUGGAUCAGUCUGGCAUGGAGGACAAGCUUACUCUUGUCACACAGAUUUUUUGGAUCACAGUCUCACUGCUGGAAUCAGAUUAUGAAUAUGAAUUCUCUCUAGCAGUCAGACUUCUAAGCAAGAUUCUACAGCACUUGCAGCCUGAGCGGCCAGACUGUCGAGAGAAACUUGACAAAAUUCUGCAGCAGAUCAAGUGGCCAAACUUUCCUGGAGUUUUUGUCCUUCUUCUUAAAGGAUGCACAUCCCAGGUUGCUGCAGAAGCUACCUGGGCUUUGCUGUCAAAGACCAUCCUUUGUAUCAACUCUCCUGUUAUGGAUCCAUCAGGAGCAUGUGGUUUUGCCCUUGUGACUACAGCACUAUUGCCUUAUCUUGUCCACAACUAUGAAAACCCUUGUCAAACAUGCCGUGAUGCUGCUGAUAACAUCGCACAGAUGUGCAGCCAACAGAGUGAGGACCUUACAAACCUGGCAACUGUAAUGUCACUAUAUAGCCGUGGCACAUUUGGCAAAGAUAGCGUACAAUGGACCAAAUGUGUCAUCAAAUACCUGCUGGAUGUCUAUUCUUGCCUGGCUUUGACACUUAUCUCCUUUCUUGUGGAGGUGUUGGAGAAAGGUGCCCUGCUGUAUCAGCCUGACAUUCUUCAGAUCCUCUAUUGCAUUGCUCACUAUGUGGAUAUCCAUGCUUUGCCCAGCUGCUCAAAUCGUAUCAUCAAUCAGGAACUUUUCCACACACUCAAUAAACACCUUCAGGGUGUGCACUGGAAAGAGGCACUCAAGAUUUUGAAACUGGCCAUUACACGGUCCUCCACUCUUGCUGCACCACCUCCAUCCUCAUCAUCUUCCAUGGGUACCUCUGAACUGAGCAGUAUAUUCUUGCACACCCCAUUUGCAGAAAAUGAAGGCAUCAGCAGGAUGCACAAAGAACUUCCAGGCCGAACUUUGGACUUCACUUUGGAAGUAUCUAGGAUGCCCAUCAUUGGGCUGAAGUUCCUGAACUCUGACACAGCCAGGAGUUUGCUGGCUGAAGAGAAAAUGCCUGCAGCCAUCAGUGCUGGAGUGUCACUAUCCCGCAAGCCAUCUAAUAAUCAAGACAUUGACUCUGUUUGGAGACGUCCUCAGGCCUCGCAGUCAAGAACCAGAGAACGUUUGGUCAAUCUUCUCACAUGCUUUGGCCAGAGAGUGGGUCUCCCCAAGAGUCCUUCGGACACCACCAUAAACAAGGUGAUCUUCAGCCAGUCUAGUGACACCUUGGAUCACCAGCAGAGUGUUGGUGGCUCGAGUGGAGAGGAGGCUUCCAUUCCAGAUGCUUCCUCUAAUGACACCUUGAUGAAUGACAGCAGUGGCAAUGAGCUGAUUGUGACAUUCAAGGGUUUUGACUUUCUUGACAACGAGCUUGAAGAAUCUGAGAAUGAAGACUUCUUCUCGCAGCUGGUAGACAGGCGGACCUCCUUGCCUCUGGAUGAGUCACCACCUCCACCUGCCAAGCGACGCCACUUUGGGAGUGUACCAGACCUGAAGAUGAUUGGUUCCCCAACCCUUAUGGAAAACCCUCUUACUCCAGCAGACAGUCUCAGCAACAAAGAAACUUCUUCAGAUGAUGAGUCUCAGAGUUCAGCUGAAGACAGUCAUGAUGUGCCACAUGACCUGGCAGCAUCCAGUGCAAUUGUGGUUCAGAAUCCAGCUUUGGAGCGUCGCCGUUCCAGUCCUCUCACAGCCUCCACACACAGUCUUUACUCCAAUCCCAGUGAGCCAGAAAACUGUGAGCUGAACUCUAGUCUUAGUGGGCAUGGCCUGGCUGGUCAUUCCUGGGCCCUCACCUUGUGCUUGCAAGGUGAUGAAGUGGAGGAGGUGUGGCGGGCCCAUGUCGCCAAAGUCAUGGCUGAAGCAUCUGUCCAGCAUGCCAUCCACACCUGUCAGGUCUUCCCACGUCUGUACAGGGAGAUGCGCAAGAGACUGAUGGGAAUGACCAAAGAAGCCUACUACUACAUCUCCAAGACUGAAAGUCUGAAGGCCAUAGCAUCACAGUUCCUGCAGAUGUUGGAGAUGAUUCACAAGCAGAUGGAAUGUCCCUUUAUAUACCUUGAAGCAGACACAUUGACAGGUGGACGUGUCUUGGAGAGACACAGAUUCUGCGUGCUGGAGAUACAGGAGUGUGUGGAGACCUACGUCCUGAGAAAAGAUCUGGCUGAACAGGGUCUAGAAGUGCUCAAGUCUACCAUUAAACAGCAGUCACUUGGGGAUGGAGGCACUGUGCCAUUGCUUGGAGAAGACCAGAAACUGGAGGUGUGUCGGAAAUUGUACAAACUCAUCUUCCAACUGAUUUUGCUGUUUGAGUCUUACCUGAAGCUUCUGGAGGUUUUCCACACUGUUACCACUUUUCCACAGGUGACAGAUAUAUCAGCACAGGUAACCGGUCUGCGCCAGGAGCUAUGUGGGGCCAUGGCAGAGUUGGAAUCUGGCCAGGCCUCUCCCUAUAAUGUAGACAGCAAAGUGCUUAGUCGUGAAGAUGCUGUGGCCAGCCUCACUGAGUACCUCACCUCUCAUCAGCAACUGCAAGCCAUCCACAUUCUACGAUCAUUCAGAUCUAUGUGGCAGAAUGACAUUUUUGGCAUGACAUCAGAGGAUGAUGUAGUGACCCUACUUAAUAUCUACUGUAGCAGCAUGGCUGAGAAAAAACAGGGUUUGUUUGCACUGACAAGAUUGGAUGUAGACCUGGGUCAUCUUUAUGCUCAGCUGAUGGACAUUAAUGUCCAGAUUACAGGAAAUGCAGCAUCAGCAUCAGUGUCUGGAACCAGCACUUGCAGCAGCGGUAGCAGCAGCCUUAUUGGUGGUAGUGGAGGAGGUGCAACAGGAAUGGUGGUCAGUUCUUCACGUGGGCAGCUUGUGAUAAAAACUUCAGACUCGAGUGUGCUGUAGUCAGAUGAUUUGAUGACUGUAGAGGCUUGUCUGUAUAUAACAGAAGGCCUGAAGAGGUGCUAUCAUUAUGUAAGAUUGAGACAAUUGAAGACUGUCCAGAACAAUAAAAAUGUGCAUGUAAUUGUGUAUAUGUAUGUGUGUAUGAGGGAGAGAUCUACUAACAUUUUGUCAGCUCAUAAUAGUUUGUGUAAUAUGAGACAUAGUUUUAAUCUCAGCAUUUAUUUAUGACUAAUAAUGGAAUUUGUCCCUUAAAUGUUGUUUGAUGCAAAUAUAAAAUAUGUGAUGACUGACAGAUCACAGAUUAGUGGACUUUAUGGUUACAUUGCUAACUUCAAAUAUGUUGCAGUCUCCGAUUUCUAGUCAUCCAGCAUAAAAGAUAUCUUGAAAAAAAAGAAUAUGUCUUUGGCCAGGGAUAGUCUGGUAGUGACUUUAGUUUCACAGGUCUUCCCCCUUUUUUUUUCAGUUACAUAUAAGGAAUAUAUUCUGUUCAGAAUAUGUUCAUUGUAUCUGGGAACUGCUUUAAAAAAAAAAAAUUGCCACCUCCAUUGAGGUAUUUGAGAAAAAGCAUUUCAGAUCCAUAUUCUUGGGAUGCAUGAAUUUUAAAAUUGAGGGAAUCUGCUUUUAAAGGUGGGAUCUCGCAGGUCACACUAUUCCUUAAUGCUGGCUUGUGCACCAGCCAGAGGUAGGUAUGUGGUCUUACAUGAGAAGAACAGCUCUUUUUUUCCUCCAAUUAAAAUUUAUAUGAUCGUAGAAAGCCAAUACAGUGGUAAUUCUGCUGCAGAGACAUAUGCCUCAGUCACAAGACUCGCCUUUCAUCCUAUCAUCCAUCUUAGGGACCGUCACCCAUCCGCCUGCACUUGAGUUUCCCAAAGACUGAGAUGCAGGAUAGUUUCAAUGUGUAAGUAUAGCAUGAAGGACUGGCAAUAAGAAUAGGUUCUGCAUGUCAUGGCUUGAAUUUUGGUGCCUGUAAUAAAAAAAAAACUGUCAACAGAAUGUAUCUGCAAUGGCAACAGAACAUCAUUCUAUUUACAUAAUCUGUCGCUUGUCUGCUGCUGUGCAGACGAAAAAACAAAUUGUUUUUGUGGAGAUGUGUAUAAGGGUGUAGAGCUUGUACAGUAACAUCCACAUGCUCAUUUACAUAAUUAUCCACUGUACCAGGGUUUGGAUAUUACAAUGGGAGUGGGGCAUACAAAGAAAAAGGCAACCAAACAGACUUAACCAUGGCCUUUUCUACAUGCAUACAGCAUUUGAAAUAUUGAUUUGGUAUGAUGAAUGCUUGCCAUUUUUUAAAAACAUAAAAUGCUCUUGCCUUGCAAAAUGCUCAUGUGAUAAAUCUCAUGUGUUUGUACAAACUGUUUGCACUAUACUGUUUUGUGUUAUUUCAUAAAUUGGAACUUCUGUGUUUAUCAUAACUUUUUGCUGCAUUGUCAUUUUAAUAAAGAUACAACCUGUUUGCUUUUCAAAUUGAAUAAUAAAUUCUCAACACAUAAAUCAGGUGGUAAUUUUUUACAACUUUUUAUUGAUGUUUGCACAUAUUUUCUGUUGCAUAAAAACAGAGUACCUAAUGCUAAUGUGUGCACAGAAUUUGUUAUUAUUUUAUUAUGGGGGCCAUACAAACCAUUUUACCGCCAACUAUCACUAUUUCACACCCUUUGCUGAAUGUCAAGAUUGUCUACUCUUGAUAAUAUGUUGCAUAAUUUUAGUGCAUUAUUACACUUGAACUGGAAGAUUUAUGCUUCAUUUUAUAGCAGAUGAAUUUCAUUACUCGUUGACAAAAUAAAAACAUAGGUCAGCUCUA